AUGGCCACCCCUAUCGGCUUAAAAGAUCUGACGGUUGAUAACAUCACUGAAAAUGUUCACGUCAUCAACUCGCAGUGCAACAAUCUGCGGAUAAGGUAUAUUCUAGAGCGGACCGUUACACAUCUGCACGAUCUUGCGAGAGAAACUAGACUCACCACAGACGAGUGGAUGACGGCUAUUCAAUUCCUGACCCGAGUAGGUCAGAUUUCGUCAGAUGUCAGACAGGAAUUUAUUUUGUUAUCAGACGUCUUAGGACUCUCCCUUCUAGUGGACUCAAUCGAUCAUCCCAAGCCAAAAGGCAGCACUGAAGGCACAGUCUUGGGGCCCUUUCAUACUCAUGAAGCCCAGGAUGCAAUUGCAGGCUCCCUCAUAUCACAUGACCCAGAUGGCGAGCCACUUCUCGUCCUUUGUACGCUGAAGGACACCAACGGGCAGCCCAUCUCUGGGGUCAAGAUCGAUACGUGGGAGACCGACUCAAAGGGGUUCUACGAUGUGCAGCACCAAGACAGAAGCGGUCCGGAUGGCAGAGCUAUCUUGACAAGCGAUGAAAUGGGCAACUUUUGGUUCAAGGCUAUUGUGCCCGUACCAUACCCUAUCCCGCACGAUGGGCCGUCACGCAAGUCUAUCCUAACACUCAAAACUCCUGAAUAUGAUCGCAAACUAACAUGCAUUUAUAGUGCAUUAUAUCUCAAAGAUGACCCUUAUGAAUCUGCCGAUGCCGUCUUUGGCGUUAAGGACUCUCUUGUAGUCCAGAUUGAGAAGGUCGAGGAUGAGGAAAUAGCAAGCAAAUACGGCGUCAAAUUGGGCUCUUCCCUGCUUACCUAUGAUUUCGUCCUAGUUAAGGAGCAAGCUGCCGCGGAGCUGCGCAGACAAAAGGCCGAGGAAGCAAUGGCUAAAUUAGGUCGCAAAAUCAUAUUCAUUGACGAUCUGCCUGUCCCUGAUGUAGACUAG